AUGCUGUCGUCAGUCGAUAUACAGUCGGGGGACGUCUCCCCUUUGCUGACCACGACGGCCUCAUUAAACGCCUCCGAACCGCCUCUCCACGCCAUCACGCUCUCCGUGCCCUCGACAGACGACCUGAAGACGAAACUGCUGCCGCCUGCCUCCUGUCCCGUGGCUGAUGUAGACAUGGACUACUCGGCUGCUGCAGACAACCCAGACCUCUCGCCUACGCACUUCAGCGAUCUGCCCCCGGAAAUACACGAGACCAUCCUCGACCAUAUCCUGGGAGUCCGUGGCUCGACGCUUGCCUCUAUCACCUCUGCAACAGUCACCACUUCAAGCUGGAGCAAGGCACUCCGACACCCUCGUAGAAAGGCCCUAUCUGACCUCGCCCUGGUCUCACGGGCAUACAGAGCCCUGGUCCAGGGCAGGAUCUACCGUCACAUUCAAGUCAAGGGAACGACAGACUGUUUGGCAGAGUGUGCCAAAUGGUUCGAUGCACACCCUCACCUUAAACCAUACGUCCGGCACAUCGAAAUAUGGGUCCCCGUUUGGGGCGAUCGCCUGAGGAAGUCUCAUUUCUCUCCUCCCAGUCGCCGGGAGAGCGGACAGGCAAACUUUGGCGUCAUCGAAACCAACACCAUGGAGUCGUACAUGCACGGCUUAGAUGCACUUUCCAGUAGCCGGACGAACUGCAACUUCAAGUCGGCCAGUCACAAUGCUACCUUACAACAGAUCUUUGAGAGCGUUGCGUCUCAGUUUCCCGAUGCAAAGAUGAUGACUCUGGAAGGCGGACACUGCAAAAAACCUCCCAUGAUCAGACACUUUGAGAGCGAUCCGUGGGGGGACAGCGGACUCGAGUCGCUUACUCCUCUCCCAAACAUCCAGACCUUCAUCAUGAAAGGUGCAUGGAACAUCAUGCGCGAUUACAGCCACUGGACCAAUCUCUCCACAGCCUUGCCUAACCUUCGCGAAUGGCACUGCUUCUACGCCAAGUCCAAACGCGAAGCUCACAUCACCAUCUCAAAGGUUCUCAGGACCUUCCCACCUCAGCUGACCCGGCUUAAUAUCAGCCUCGACGGCUUCUGCAGUAAGACGAGCUCACGUGGAUUCCUCAACCCGCAAGACGAAAAGCAUCUUUGCCGGCUGUUCGGCGCCAUCCUCCCUCAGCUGGAAUCCCUGACUUUCACCGGCAAGGUCUGCGCCAGCCUCUUCCUCUCCGGCAGAGCAGCAGUGCUCUCCUCCCAGCGCAAAUCAAAGCUGAAAUCAGUGGACCUGGUCGUCAAGGCCUGCUGCUGGGGCCAUGAAUCCGACGAUGGCUCCCUCAUACCAACCGACAUAUCCGGCAUCACUAACAUGUCCUUCAUCAUCGAGUUUGAAAAGCUAGUUAUCGCUGCCAUCCACUCGCUCGGAGCACUACCCGCCCUCCAAUACAUUCGCAUCCGGUUUAUAGAUCUCGAUUCUAUCUGUGGCCUCUUAAACCCGUAUUUCCAGUUAGUCGGCAACACCUGCACGGGCGUAUGGAGCGAGGCUAUCCUUAAAACGCUCGAAGAAAACAGGCCAGAGGCGCAGUUCGCAGAGCUAAAUAAUGGUAUCCUUGAAGAUUACGGCAUCAACUCGCGAACAGGCACGCGAUCAUAUCCCCGAAGCAGGCCUCUUAGCAUCAAAACAAGCUGCUAUCGCAUUAUCGCCGACAAGUCGAAGCCUUGA